AUUUCCUCUACAAUUGGAAAAUGGACAAACAGUUGAAUGUACUGUUGCAAAAUACUUUUUAGACAAGUACAAAAUAAAAUUACGCUACCCGCAUCUUCCUUGUCUACAAGUCGGACAAGAACAUAAACACACAUACCUACCACUUGAGGUCUGUAACAUUGUUGCUGGACAACGUUGCAUCAAGAAAUUGACCGAUAUGCAGACGUCUACUAUGAUAAAAGCGACAGCCCGUUCUGCCCCUGAUCGUGAACGAGAAAUAAAUAAUUUGGUUAAAAGAGCUGACUUCAAUAAUGAUGCAUACGUUCAAGAAUUUGGUCUAGCGAUAUCAAACAGUAUGGUGGAAGUCAGAGGCCGCAUUUUAGCCCCGCCCAAGCUACAGUAUGGAGGGCGCGUAAGUUCCCUCAGUGGACAGACAAAACAGCAGGCUUUACCAGCUCAAGGUGUUUGGGACAUGCGUGGUAAGCAAUUCUUCACGGGUGUCGAGAUCAGAGUUUGGGCGAUUGCUUGCUUUGCUCCACAAAGAACUGUACGCGAGGACGCAUUACGAAUGUUCAUAGGACAGUUGCAAAGAAUAAGUAAUGAUGCUGGGAUGCCAAUCAUUGGGCAACCAUGUUUCUGUAAAUACGCUACUGGACCAGAUCAAGUGGAGCCCAUGUUCAAAUAUUUAAAAAUGACGUUUGCAUCAUUGCAACUCGUAUGUGUUAUACUGCCUGGGAAAACUCCCGUAUAUGCCGAAGUGAAAAGGGUAGGAGAUACAUUGCUGGGUAUGGCAACACAAUGCGUACAGGCAAAAAACGUUAAUAAAACGUCACCGCAAACGUUAUCUAAUUUAUGCCUGAAGAUUAAUGUAAAAUUAGGUGGUAUUAAUAAUAUUUUAGUACCAAGUAUCAGACCAAAAGUAUUCGACGAACCCGUCAUAUUCUUUGGAGCUGAUGUAACUCAUCCUCCUGCCGGAGAUAACAAGAAACCUAGCAUAGCUGCAGUAGUUGCUAGUAUGGAUGGUCAUCCAUCUCGAUAUGCAGCUACGGUUAGAGUUCAACAGCACAGGCAAGAGAUCAUUCAAGAACUGAGUUCAAUGGUGAAGUAAGUAAAUUAAUGUAUUUAUA